AUGGAUGACGUGACAUUAAAUGCAAGAUAUUCAAUUUCUAUUGCAAGAAAAAUUGGAGUUACUAUUUUCCUAUUACCUGAAGACAUUGUUGAAGUUAAACCUCCUUUAGAUAAUCCUAACAGCGUUAAAUAA